AUGGAAGGUGAGCGAAGCCCAUCAUCCCCAGAGCUGGGAAAAGACCUUCCCCUUCCCUGGAGCCAGGUCCCUAGCUCUAGCCUGGCUGACCCCGACUGGUUUUGGGGUGAGCGCAUCCAGGCGAAGCGGGCCAGAGUGGAAGCCACCGUCCACGACAGGUGUCUCUUGCCCCACCCUCUGCUGCCAGACCACACCGGAGCCCGGGGCGGCCCGGGCUGCCCAGAGAAGGCCCGGGAGCGGAAGAGGAAGCAGAGCCUCCCCGUGCACCAAGGCCGCCCGAGGCCAGGCCCUGCCUGGGACCAGGGCACCUGGAAGGGGGGCCCCCGGGUGAGAGAACAGCUUCAGCUGCUGAAGCGACAGCUGCGACACCUGCACGGGCACCUCCUGCAGGCCGUGGGGCCCAGGCCCAGCGCCCAGCACCCUGGAGGCUCUGAGAAGGGGACGGACCCCUUGCGUGGGGAGCAGAGUGAUGGCUGUAGGUCCGGUCCCCAGAGCCUGGACAGCAACCGCUGCCACAGCUCCAGCAAGAACCCAUCUGGGGUGCGGACAGCCAGAGGGGCCGGGGGCCAAGGCCAGCCUGAGGAGCCCCGCCCCCCUCCUCCCGGGGCACAGGCUUUGCUGGGGAGUCUGAGGACGGAGCUGACCAGGGCGGUGUCCCAGGCUGUGGACUCUGUGCUGCAAAAGCUCCUGUUGGAUCCACCACGCCCUCCAGCUCCGCUGGGCAGAAGCUUCCAGGCGCUAGUGCCGGAGGCAGGGAGGGAGCCCACACCUCCUGGGCGAGGUGCCCACCAUGACCCACUUGCUCUGGCCCUCUUGCCCGGGAGGGCCCAGCCUCCAGCUGAGGUCCCCUUGGGACAUUUGCCGCUGGCCAAGCCUCUAGAUUGUCCUCUGCACCCCGUCUCUGCGAGAAGCCUCCUCAAGCCCCAUCAGGGUGCCCCGACUGGGCCUGCCUACAGCCAGGGAGAGCAGAUGCUUAGCCAGCUCCUGGGCCCCGGGCCCAGCGGCCUCUGGAGCAGCCGUGCUGCCCAGGACUCGCCCUGCCUAAGCCACCCCUCCUCGGAGUCUGCCGUGCAGCCCUGGGGAGCCGCCGCGCCGGGGCCGACGGUUCUGAGCCAGCAGCGGCAGCGUCCCCUGCCUUUCACCUGCCCCGGCCUGGGGGGCUUCGGCCUGGUCCCCUCGGUGAAGACGGAGCAGCGCAGCCCGCAGGCUGUCCGGGACGUGCUCGCCCUCUCCUCCCGCCACGUCCAGGAGGGCCUAACGCCUGGUCACUUGAAGAAGGCCAAGCUGAUGUUUUUCUUCACGCGGUACCCCAGCUCCAACCUCCUGAAGGCCUGUUUCCCCGACGUUCAGUUCAGCCGCUGCGUCACCUCCCAGAUGAUCAAGUGGUUCAGCAACUUCCGUGAGUUUUAUUACAUCCAAAUGGAAAAGGCUGCCCGGCAAGCAAUUGCAGAUGGCGUCACAAAUCCCAAAACGCUGGUGGUUCUCCGUGAUUCGGAACUGUUUCGAGCUCUCAGUAUGCACUACAACAAGGGGAAUGACUUUGAGGUUCCAGAUUGUUUCUUGGAAAUCGCCAGCCUGACGUUACAGGAGUUCUUCAGGGCUGUCUCCGCAGGGAGAGACUCAGAUCCUUCCUGGAAGAAACCCAUUUAUAAAAUUAUUUCGAAACUGGACAGUGACCUCCCAGAGAUAUUCAGAUCUUCCAGCUACCCCCAGGAGCUGUUUCAGAGUUAA